AGGCUUAUUGUCUCCGCGGGCCCCCGUACUGUUUGUGGAACACUAGAUUAGCUUGCUAUCUGUUGUGCCGACUGUAUUUUUAGUUUGUAGCUUAGCGCCGCCGCACCUGCAGACGUCUGUGCCGCAGCUUUUACUUUCACUUGCUCCUGUCGGACAAUCAGACGCCAUUCGUCCCAACCAAGCCACCGAACACUGAGGGCAGGCGGCGUUGCGUCUCGUUACAGCGACCCGUCGGAACUCAGCUAAUUAGCUAGCGGCAGUGUGCUAACCCUGAGGCGGCUCGCAGGACCAUGGCGUACAGGAAAACUUUCCAGCUCAUCUGCGGGGUCGCCGGAGGCUCCGCCGUGCUGGUGUUCGCGGCCGCGGCUGCCGACUCCCGCGGGUACUUCGGGGGGCAGCGCGGGGAGGCGGCGGGCAGCCGGUGGUCCAGACUGACGGUGCUCCGAGCUGCGCAGCCGGCGUGGACCCCCGCCAGCCACACGCCGGCCCCGACCGGACACGCCUGGGAUGUCAACUGGGACAAGAGAGACCCAGCUUUACUGUCCAAUGGGAAGAAGAAGGAGAGUGUAACCGAGGACCCCAGCUCCGAGCAGGACAACAGCAAACCCAAAGCUACACGCAACAUCCUCCUCAUCAGGCACUCCCAGUACAACCUGAGUGGAAACUGCGACAAGGAGAGGAUCCUCACUCCACUAGGUCGUGAACAGGCGGAGCUGACGGGCCAGAGGUUGGCCGCGCUGGGACUGAAGUACGAUGUCCUGAUUCACUCCAGCAUGGCCCGGGCCACAGAGACGGCAAACAUCAUCAGCAAACACCUCUCAGGUCUAGGAGUGGAGCUGGUGAGGUGCGACCUGCUGAGGGAGGGCGCACCUAUUGAGCCGGUUCCACCCGUCACUCACUGGAAACCUGACGCUGUGCAGUACCAUGAAGACGGGGCUCGCAUCGAGGCAGCCUUCCGCCGCUACAUCCACCGGGCUGACCCCAAGCAGAAGGAGGACAGCUAUGAGAUCAUCGUGUGUCAUGCCAAUGUCAUCCGUUAUUUUGUGUGCAGGGCCCUGCAGUUUCCUCCUGAGGGCUGGUUGCGCAUGGGUUUGAACAACGGCAGCAUCACAUGGCUCACCAUCCGACCGAGCGGCAGGGUGGCCCUCAGAACUCUAGGAGACGCCGGGUUCAUGCCCCCAGACAAACUAACGCGGACCUGAUGACCCCCCCGCACACACUUGCCGCAAAGUUUCUGGGACUCAAAUCGGCCGCAGGGUCCUUUUCUCCUUAAGUGUCUUGAAACAUACUUUUGAUGUUAUUGUUUUGUAUUUGACAACCAUCAUAUAAGGAGAGAUUGGUGGUGGUGUUGUUACUUCAGUGCCAUAGGAAACCAGAAGUGGUUAACAGCUGGAUAGCAACUCCUGAAUGUAACUGAAGAUUUUUACACGAGUGAUUGAUUUUUAAAACCAAAAAAGAAAAUGAAAGUUGUAUUUGUAUAGCUGUUGUAAACACAAGUCGUGCUGUUAGCUUUACUUGUCAUUACAGUUUAAUGAAGUGAGGAUUGUGUUGUAAGGUGCAGCUGAAGUGAAUAAAAAAUAUAAGUUGAA